AAAACGAGCCGAACUAGUGGAGAAUGUCAGGACGUGGAAAGCAAGGCGGCAAGACCCGAGCUAAGGCGAAGACCCGCUCAUCCCGUGCCGGCCUCCAGUUUCCUGUUGGUCGUGUGCACAGGCUUCUUCGCAAGGGGAAUUAUGCUGAGAGAGUGGGCGCUGGAGCUCCCGUCUAUCUGGCGGCUGUACUGGAAUAUCUGACGGCUGAGAUCCUGGAGCUGGCUGGGAAUGCUGCUCGAGACAACAAGAAAACCCGCAUUAUCCCGCGCCAUCUGCAACUGGCCGUGCGCAACGACGAGGAGCUCAACAAGCUGCUGGGUGGCGUGACCAUCGCCCAAGGGGGUGUGCUCCCGAACAUCCAGGCCGUGCUGCUGCCGAAGAAGAGCUCGGGCUCUGCGCCCGUGUCGGGGAAGGGUGGCAAUAAGAGCUCUCAGCAGUCUCAGGAGUACUAGGCUCCUUGAACCAAGGUUCACCCAAAGGCCCUUUUCAGGGCCACCCACAUGUAUAACAGAGCUGUCCUACUAGCGACCCUUAAUUGGCCUGGCGCUCCAAAGCUGUAGCCGUACUGUGCGCGGGAAAGUCUGGAAGUCGGCUAUCUGCAGUGAUGACCUGUAGUCACGUGAGAGGAGGCAGCAUUGAGUAAUAGCCAUAUCGCUCUCUAUAUAGUAUAUAACACCCGGGCACAUGGAGCUUAGAUAUUGCCCUCAGCGCAGGAGCAACCCUAUAGACGGGCAGUAUCUAAUCUCCGUGCUAGCGUUGUAGGGUCACGUGGCUAUAAAGCAACCAGUCUGGUUAAUUGGGCUCCAUUCACAGGACUGCAUGGUUGAUGUACUCCUGUUCAAAUUAGAGAUGGCAAGUUCGGGUCUUUCACGUGAAUCGACUUAAUUCAAAUGAACCGAUUCAUUAAUCGAAACUUCGGUUCACUCGCUGAGUCUGAGCUGACAAGAAGCAAGUGAACCGAACGAAGCUCAGGUGGUGCGCAUGCGCAGAAGCUUCGAUUCAGUGGCUGAGUGAGGAAGUGAACGGAAGCGGUCAGGACUCGGGAGCUGUGCAAUGCACUGUCACCCACAGUGACAGUCCAAGUGAAGUGAAUGCCAAGUUGAUAACAACACUGGCUGAUCAUAAAAUAGUACAGACAUCACACAGGACAAUAAUACUGUGCAAUUUGUGCAUGAUUUUCUAAUAAAUCGUCUGUCCCUUUUAAUCUUA